AUGAUCUUGACUCUUAUGCUAGUACAAAUUUCAUGGUCCGGGUACUCCCAGUUUGCAGCUGUGAUCAUUAUGUCUGUUAUCUCCAAUUUGUUUGCAGUUUUAUGGUCAUAUCAGGAGUCAAUCAUCAAAAAGAUAAAUGAAGACCCCAUGGCUGCCAUGAAUCCUCGCUUCUCUAAUUGUACCGUUGGAGAAUUUAAGCACCUUCUUGGAGUCAAACCGCUACCUCAAAAGGAUUUGAAGAGUAUCCCUCUUAUGACUCAUCUGAAAUCCUUUAAGUUGCCUGGUAGUUUUGAUGCAAGAACUGCUUGGCCGCAGUGCAGCACAGUUGGAAGAAUUCUAGAUCAGGGUCACUGUGGUUCUUGUUGGGCCUUUGGUGCUGUUGAAUCACUAUCAGAUCCUUUUUGCAUCCAUUUUGGCAUGAUAACUUUUAUUAGUGAUCAAAAUGGAAGAGACAUUUCUAGCUAUGUUGAUAUUGGGGAAGACUAUUGGCUUCUUGCGAAUCAGUGGAAUAAAAGCUGGGAUGGGUACUUCAUGAUCAGAAGAGGGACAAACGAGUGCAGUAUUGAAGACGAUGUGGUUGCUGGUUUGCCAUCGUCCAAAAAUACGAUAAGAGAGGUUGCAAGCAUGGACGAUGCUGCAGAUGUUUCAGUUUGA